GGACCAGAGAGAGAGAGGGAGAGGGAGACGGAGAAAGGACGAAGCCAACUACCAAGUUGACUAGCUAAUAAUAUCCAAUCAUGGUCGUGGAGAGUCGGAGACAUGCCUUUCUUGCGGGCUAUUUUUGGUUGAGGUUUGAGGAGGGAGCUCUUGUCCUCCUCCCUAAUUACUCACCCACUUCCCUCUCUUUUUAUUUCUUUUUCUUGGGAAAAUAAUACUCUCCCAUUUGAAGAUAAUCUUCAUUUCAUUCAUUACAUCUAUCUUUGAUCAGCUUCCUUUAAAACCCAGAAGGAGAUUUUCCAUCUGGGUUUUGAAGAUUUUGAUUAUUUGAUAAAAAAUAUGGGGGGUGAGGAAGAUUCUUUGCUUUGAGCGGAAACUGAAGAUUUUUUUUAUUUGUUUUGGAUGGAGGAUUGAUGGGUUUGAAAGGCCUUGCUUCUGUGGAGGAGACAAUGGCCUUGAUUUCGGUAAGGUUUUAACGUUCCUGUCUGUCUUUUGUUGGUUUUCUCCAAGUUGUCGAAAUGUUUAACUAAUCUGCAGACAACAACAUCAAUAUCUGUAUGUGUUGUUUAUUGGAUGGAUUAAGGAUUUGAUGUCUGACAUUUGAGGAAAAUAAGGCAAGUGUGGAGCAAAUAGCCAAAAUUUUGGUCGUUGUAAAUCCCCAUCUGUUGGGUUUGUAAUAUUUUGAGGGACAUGAAAUUUCUAGGCGUUAUGGGAAAUUCAUUUGGAUGUUCAGCAUCCGGGGAGCGGUUAGUUUCAGCAGCAAGAGAUGGCGAUGUUCAAGAAGCCAAGGCCUUGCUGGAAUGUAACCCUCGCCUGGCAAGGUACUCCACUUUCGGUGUACGCAAUUCCCCUCUCCAUUAUUCUGCAGCUCAGGGCCACCAUGAGAUAGUCUCUGUAUUGCUUGAGUCUGGAGUUGAUAUCAAUCUCAGGAAUUAUCGUGGUCAGACUGCUUUGAUGCAAGCUUGCCAACAUGGUCAUUGGGAGGUUGUUCAGACUUUGAUGCUUUCUAAAGCCACCAUUCACAGAGCAGAUUAUCUGAAUGGCGGUACUGCACUUCACUUUGCCGCUUUGAAUGGUCAUUCUCGAUGCAUCAGACUCCUCCUGGCUGAUUACAUUACCAGCACUCCGGAUUUUUGGACUACAUUAAGGAAUGCUGAUAGCAAUGAAGAAUCAAUCACAGAGUUUAAUCAUGAUGUUUUGUUCCAGAUAAUUAAUAGGCCCGCUGAUGGAGGAAUCACUGCGCUGCAUAUGGCAGCACUUAAUGGUCACAUUGAAAGUGUACAACUACUUUUGGGUUUAGGGGCAUCUGUUUCUAAGGUAACUGCGCAAGACGGAGCUACAGUUGAUCUAAUAGUCCAAUAUGAUUUUGCAGGUCUGGUCAUUCGGAUGUAUUUCCUAAACCAUUUUGACAACUUUGCAGGUGCUGGAAGCACAGCCCUACACUAUGCUGCAUGUGGAGGAAAUGCAGAAUGUUGUCAAAUUUUGAUUUCCCGGGGUUCCAGUCUAAGUGCUGAAAAUGCGAAUGGGUGGACUCCCGUGAUGGUGGCUCGUUCGUGGCAUAGAGACUGGCUUGAGGAAGUCCUUACCACCGAAGAAGGCCAGUCUCAGAUUCUUCCUUCACCAUACCUAUCCCUUCCCCUUAUGAGCAUUAUGAAGAUUGCUAGAGAAUGUGGAUGGAGGAACAAUGAUUGUUUAUCUACAUUUCAAGAUCCGUGUGUUGUCUGUUUGGAACAGCAGUGCACAGUGGCCGCAGAAGGUUGUGAUCAUGAGUUCUGCACAAGAUGUGCCUUGUACCUUUGUUCCACAAACUGCACUUCAACUGCGUCUAAUGGCCCCCCAGGCUCAAUCGCAUGUCCUCUCUGCCGAAAUGGCAUAGUUUCAUUUGUCAAGCUUCGAGUAGCAAGAUCAAUGGCUAAGGAGAAUGCAAGAACAAGCUUAUCACUAUCAUUUUGCACAUGUUCUUCUGAGGGAUCAGAUUCCUCCUCAAUCACAACUCCACUGUACAAGCCUGAGUUUCGCUGCUCCAGAAAAUCCCCUCUCGGGUCUUUUCGGUCCCUCAGCUGCCAGAAGUUCCCAUCAAUCAAGAUCAACUACAACCUUUGCAUGGGAGCUCCAAAUAUCAAUCCUUGUUUGGUUCCAAGCUCUAGUAAUCGAAAGUUGCGGAACCAUUUAGCUAGAUCUUCCAAAACCGGCUUUAGGCGAUCAGCUUCUCAACCCGAUGGCAGAAGGUCGUGGUACUCUUCAUUCAAUCAAAAUGUAACGAUUGGCAGUGGAUGUUGAAUUUAUUUUGGUCCUCUGUUUCUCUUGUAUUCUCAGUUCUUUCGAAUGUACUUCCCCCCCCGCAUUUUUGUCCAUAAUGUCGAUGAGAAACAUAUGCUCGCGGCGGAGCCAUCAGCUCAGUCAUCUCCUAAAAUUAGGCAAACACAAGAAAGUCCACCCUCACAAGAAUCCGACUGAUUUACUUUUCUUGUAAUUAUUCAAUUAGUUUU